AUGGACUGGGAAAGGUACCCUACUGUUCAAUUCGAUGGCCAACUUGUCGACGGCGACUUCUCGACAGUUGCCGCAAAUGACGACACGGAUGCUGACCAGCAAAUCGAAAUAAUCGAGCAAUGGGGGCCAUUAACUGACCUCAUUCUGAAAACAACCCGAGACGCGUGGGACGAGAGCCCGUAUUUUGACGCGUCAUCUCCCAGCGUCUUCCAGUCAUAUUGGCAACGCGUCUUCUCAGAGCUCCAUGCCUUUGUUGUCACGAAUAAAGACAUCCCUCAAUACGUCACUGAACCGCCUGUCAAGGGAUUCGAUGUUGAUGUUUUCGAUCAGCAUCCGAACUGCUGUCCUUGCGGCCUUCCCAGUGUCCCUCAAAAUAUCAAAAUCUUUCGCCCAGAUGGUGUAACUAAGGGCGAUUUCAUCAAGGCUGUGGGCACAUACCUCUACGGCGAUGCCCUCCCAAGGGUCUAUUCUCUUGAACACGGUAAACCCAUCCAGCCCACAGGCGUGAUGGUCUAUCAUAUCAACUGGAUGUCUCAAAGAAGCAGUACUGGAGGAACGGCCGCAUUUCCGUGCUACUUUGCUCCGGGUCAUCAAAUCGUGUCCGUCGUCUUGUAUUGCUGCUCGAAAGGGGAUUUCUUCAAGAACAAGGCGCAAGUGGAAGCAGAGAAGGAGGAGAGCCGAAAGAGGGCAGAAGAGCGCAGGAUGCAAAGAGAAGAGAAGGAGAAGGCUUCCGAAGGUAGCCAGAAGGAGACUGAGGAUCUGAGGAACGAGUUGCAUGAGAGAAAAAAGGAGGAAAGGCUCGGAAGAAAGCGGCAAGAGAAACUGCGUGACACGAGCCGGGCGGCGGAGAGAAGAUUUAUAAAUGCAGAUGAGUGA